AGGUGCUUUGCCCGCGUUGCCCAACACAGUGAGAAUUCGCUAAACGCCAAAGCUGAAGAUUGUUUUUUCUUUUAGAAAACUUGAUAGCCACCCAAAAUGUCUGACGAACCAAACACCGCCGUGUGGGACGACUCCCUGCUGGUAAAGACGUACGACGAGUCCGUGGGCUUGGCCCGCGAGGCACUGGCCCGCCGCUUGGCCGAUUCCACCAACAAACGUGAGGAGGAGAACGCAGCCGCUGACGAAGCUGGAGAGGAUUCGGCCACUGGCGGAGCCAUUAGUCCCGAACCACUGUCCGUCAAGGUGGGCGACUACGCCCGUGCCACCUACGUGGAUGGUCUGGACUACGAGGGCGCCGUGGUGUCUAUCAACGAGGACAAGGGCACCUGCGUUAUCCGCUACUUGGGCUACGAGAACGAGCAGGAGGUGCUGCUCCUGGAUCUGUUGCCUUCCUGGGGCAAGAGGGUGCGCCGCGAGCAGUUCCUUGUCGCCAAGAAGGAGGACGCGGAGCAGGCGAACCGCUCGAAGGCAUCCGCUGUCGCUGGCACAUCGGGCCAGACGAAGAAGUUAUCCGGAAAGGGCCGAAUCUCUGGAGGGUUGGUUAUGCCGCCCAUGCCACCCGUGCCGCCCAUGAUCGCCGGUCAGAGCGACGGCGGCGAGCAGGACUUCGUGGCCAUGCUCACGGCCUGGUACAUGUCCGGCUACUACACGGGUCUCUAUCAGGGAAAGAAGGAGGCCAAUACCAGCGCCAAGAAGAAGACACCCAAGAAGUAGUUACAUCCCUCAUCUCAUCUCCACAUCUUUCCUAAAGACUUGUAGCCAUUAAGCAAACAAAACGAUUAAAAAUUGUUAAGUUAA